GUCGCGCGCGGACACUCAGUGCAGACGCCGGGAGCUGCGGGAGGACGAGGUCGGAUCUGAGGAACCGGCAUGUCCACGCUGGGCUGGUGGCGCCGCCGGGCGCCAGGGGCCCUGUGGGCGUGCUAGACCGUGCUCACGGGCUGCGCCUUGGUCGGGCCCGAGGCGGUGUGGUGAGGGGAGCUUCGCCUUCUCGAGCUUCUACCUUUCUCAGAAACAGCUGGCAAGAGGAAGAGGGACUAGAUCCAAACACUAGGUGGCCAGGUCCAGGUGAGCUGAAUUCCCUUCUCACAGUGCCACACUUAUCCUUGCAGUGAACACAUUCUUCCUCAUCCUGACACUUUCCUACUGUAUCUGUGUUCCAUAUAGCCAUGCAAGUGCUAUUAGUGCUCUGAAAACUCAGACUCUUCUGGUGAAUUGUGUGUUCGCUGAAAUUCUCCUUGGCCUCAUGCUUUCCCUUUCAGUUUCCUUCUUCUUUUUCCAACACUCAGCUGCACCUUCAGGCCUACUCUUUCUCUCUUGUUGGGUGAUUAAAGAAGCAUGAGAGAGAUUCAUCGGUUCAUCUAUCAAUCAUGGCCCUGAGUGGGAAAGGAAGUAUUUUCCUGGAGCUCAUAGUCUAUUGGGUAAUGAAAAACGUUGAAAAAAUAAUUGUAUCAUCCAUGUUUUUGAGAGAGAACAUUCACUAUGAACAACAGUUAACCUGAAAAAGUCCACAUAGGGCCUUCCUGAGAAGGUCAUUGAGGUUAAGGCUGAGUCCUCAAGAAAGGAGGAUGGUAGUGUGUUUUGGAAAGAGUAAUCUUAAGCAGAGGGGACAGGGGCAUUCCUGAAGGAUCCAGAGAUAAGAGCCAAAAGUCUUUGAUACCUGGAGCAAAGGAAAGAAUUGAGUUGCAUUUGAGCAUGGUGGGGAUUUUAAAGGUCAAUUGGAACUGUGUUGUGAAAGGCCUUGCAGUCAGUGGUAAGUAUAUGGGCUUGAUAUGAAGCAUAGUGGGAAACCUUUGAGGUGUUUUAACCAUGAAAGUAAGAUGGGAAUCAGAUUUGUGUUUUAAACACACCAUCUGGUUGUGGGGUUCAGAAGGGAAGGGUGGAAACUGGUUGCGGGGAGAUGACCUCAGGUCUGGGUUGAGAGAUGAUGGCUUGGAUUUGGGUCAGAGCAGAGGGGUAUGUGAAGUGGAUGGAUUUGAGAGAGGUACUAAGAGACUCAGUAGGGCCUGUACUCUUCUUUCAUGGCUUGCUGACUUUUUCAGAUAAGGUGCAGUGGGUCACAUUAUGUGGGGAAGUGGGAAAAAUAGCAAAAGUUGUUCAUUCCAUCAACACUAUGUCCAGUCUGGGACAGGACCUUGUUAGACUUUGUGUCUCUGGAAGUGGGUAACAUAAUCAUUGGCCUCAAUAUCUGCUGAAUGAGAACUCUAGUUAAAUGGAGAGUAAGAAAACAUGCUUACCAAGAUAGGUGGCUAUGCUGAUGGUGUAUUAUCAUCCAGAGAAAGGCUCAUGUGCUGUCCCAGGUGGGUCCCUGGGAAUAAAUUGGUUUAUUCCUGGCCUCAGUGAAUGCUCCAGGUAUCCAGUGUCUGGUGCUGAAGCCUGUGGAGACUUAGAAACCUUAUUUCAGCUAGGGACUUAUGUUAGUAGGUACACAUGACUGAAGCUCAGGAGACUUAUAGAAACCCUACUGACGUAUUAGUUUAUAUCGAAAGAUAAUGUGACUAAUGUACAAUGUUCCUAUUUUCUCAAUUUCGGUUUAUCAGUUUAUGGUGGGAGAUAACUACAGCAGGGACCCAAAUACUCAAAAGUAUGUAUGAUCAGCAAAUUCUCUCCCUGUAGGCAGACCUACAUGGGAAACGAAACCAUAAUGAGAAGGUUGGUUGGUGAGUAUGGAAUCAAAAUGAGAGGAUGCAGACAAGGUUUAAUAGCACUGGCCUGUAAGGUAGCCUGGUGCCACCAUCUGGUUGCAGUGAAGCUCUUGGUAGGCUUACUACGACACCAGAAGCCCCCUGUCUACAGUCCCCUUCCUCCCCAAUUUCCAUUCAAAUUAGGUCUGACCGGAAUAGCCCUUUCCUGUACAUGGUUAAAUGAACCAUGCUUUGUGGCUUGCCUUUCCAUGCCCUUCCUUUUUUUUGGGGAAAAAAUAUCUGAUUAGCUAAUUAUUGACAUUAAAAUAUGGUUAGAUAAGUCGUACUGGCUCAGAAGAUAUUCUCUUUAAAGUAGCUUUAUUCAUCUUGAACUAUUUGGAAUCUGAUCAUUAAACUAAACUCUUAGAUACUAUUUCCUCUCUUUUGAAAUUUUUGGGGAAACCCCACAAGAAUCGACAACAACAAGGAAAUUGUGCUGCAGUGUGAAAGAGGCAGGAGAAUGGAGCAAACGAGAAGAGAGCGGAGACCACACACCAUGCUGUCCCUGAGAAACGAAGAAAGUAACUUCCUCGCUUCCUGACUUUAAAGUUCUCAAUUCCAGCCCCCUCGGAUGAGGUAGGUAGAAUGAGUGAGGGGGCUGAAUCUAGGUGCACCGUGAUGAGGGACCAAAGUAAGUAAGUAGAGUUGGGGUUGAAGAAGCUCUCAUGGAGCUUCUAUCUCAACUGAUGGGUUAUGGGGAGCCUGAGGUCAAACAGCGGGGUCACGGGAUUUCUUUAUCUCUCCUUACACGUCCACUCACGUUUCUAAGCCUCUGAUAUGUGUUCUUUAAUUGAGUUUUUCCCAGUUCAAGUGAACACUUGACCUAUUGAUCCUUUGAUUGAGGCCAAAGACACCAUGCUUAUAGCAGGGAUGCCUGAUGAAUUCCAUCUUUAUUUCAGUUAUGUUAAUUGUGAGACCCAUAUUUUUGUUUUCUAUUCAUGAAAUGGAGAAGUAAAGUGCUUUAAAACAUUUAAAGAAUAGCACUAAAACUGCAGUAAAAACCACAAUGGCGACACUGUUCUAAUAGCAUCACUGCCCUGUGGUUUUAGGUGGUCAAGCUCAUGUCUGAAAUUUACUCCACGUAAAAUGCUUAUAACACAUGUAACAUUUCAUGGUUAGAUGUCCAGUGUGUGUAAGAACAGAUAUCUGGAGGUUAAAGACAGCGAGAAAUCUGUCAGCCCUUCCACCCAGGGUGGAGAGUGAGACUAGUUUCCAUCAUUUGUCUCUUCUCUUUCCCUCCCUUGGCCCCUAGGACCAGAGUCAGGCCUGAUCCCUUUGUGUCUCCACCUUUCCCUGUGUCUGCCAAAUGUGGUCAGACCUUUUAAGAUCCUGCCCUUGGCUACUACUUAACCCAUUUACUACUCCACAGAGAGCAGAGGGAAAUGCAUAGGCUUCAGUAAUUAGGGCCAUGUGAGGGUCCACCUCCAAGUCAGAAAAGGUGAUGGAUGUGCCAUGUGGCUAGAAUUCAGUUUGCACUGUAGGACAGAGGGGAGGGCCUGCGUGUGGAGUGCUAUCAAGUGGUGCAUGGGCUUGAAGAGGGUGUACAGAUAGUGGAGACUCCAUGAGACCAAUAUGAGGUGGCCUGAGGGGGAGAAUGAAGUGUCAGAGUAAGCAGGGGCCAUGUCCUGAGGACCACCACAGCAGAGGGAGUGCCGAUAAACAGUAAUAAGCAGAAAGGAAAAGGCAAGACAAACAGCAAUUGAAUUUACUUCCAAAUUUUAUAUUCAAAUUUUUUUUUCAAUUACAAACUUAGGAUAACAUUUGAACUAAAAUACAAAAUGAAAUGGAAGUAUCUUUUAUUACAUUUUUUAAAAUUUUCCCCAGUUUAUGAAGUCUUUAUACAAGUUUUAAUGUGGAAGUUUUUUUCUGAUUUAGUUUAUACAUGCUUCCACAUGUUUAAAUAUCUGUGUAGUUUAUUUUAGUGUGUGUUUUUAUUUUAACACACGUGAGAUCAUACCGAGUUCAUUAACAUUUCAAACUCAAGCUAUAAGAGUGCAGUUUGUAGGAUGUGAAACAAUGGUUGGGGGGGGGGCAUGUGAUAUACCAUCUGGAGAGUUCAUAGAAUGUGUCCACCACGUUUUCAGUCUCCAUUUACAUGGGUGUGUUUCUUUGUGUGUGUACACGUACUGCUUUGUAGCUGUUUAAUGGUGUCUAAAAGAAUUUCCAUAUAAAUACAUUUCUGUCUAUAGCAUUGCUUUCUAAGGACUGCAUUAUAUUCCUUUAUGUGAACAUUUUCAUUGUUUUUUUUUUACGUACAUAUAAAUGCCACGUGUGCUGUACAAUUUUAUACCUUAAUUUAAUGCUUCAAAAGUUUUUUUUUACAUUAGUGGUUUCUCUCAAGUUUAAAUAAACCAGUGUGUCUGUAGAAUGUAAUACUAUGUGGCCUUUAGAAUGAUGUAGAUCUGUGUGCACUAAUAUAGAAAGAUAACCAUCAUGAAUUACUAGGUUUUACAAUGCACACAAGGGGCACCUGGCUGGCUCAGCGGGCAGGGCAUGCAACUUUUGAUCUUGAGGUUGUGAGUUCGAGCCCCACGUUGGGCGGAAAGUUUACUCAAAAAAAUAAAAAUAAAAAGCACACUCAUGCAGAGCUCCUCAUGUGAUCUCAUUUGGGUAAAGAUGAGAUGCUACUCCGUACCUGGAUGUUAGAAGUUUUAGUAUAGCAACAAAUUUGAUCAAUGUGUAUGGCUUGUAGUUUCUACAUUAAAUACUCUGUAAUUGAACAUGGUAAUCAGAAAAUGAUAAAACUUUGAAAACAUGACUUAAUGGCUACGUAACAUUCUACUAAAGAUUUUGUCUGUUUUCAUUCCUUCCUAUUUGAAAAUUUUGGAGGAAUGCUGUGUUUUGGGUGCGCUGAUUUAUUUUGGUGUGAACAAAGUAUGUUUGUUAUUGGCCUUAGUGGCCUUAGCCUUCCAGUGAUGUGUUGAAAUACAGAAUUUCUUGUCAGGAGGCCAGACGCCAACACUGGUUUUAUUAUUCUUUCCUAAUGUCAAAGGCUAUCUCCAACCUUCUUGGAAAGCAUACUUGAAUAACCGGCAGAAAUUAAAGUGUUGGCCGUCUCCUCUUAUCACUUUUGUUAAAAUUACUUUACUACUUAGUCCCCAGAAAGUUCAUAGUUUGUAUUUAAAGAGUUAAUGCUUUCCUGACUGAAAGACCUUUCUUUAUUGUAAACUAAAUCCCACAUGUGUAUUACUACUUCCAUGCAAGUCAGUUUUUGGACUGCGUUAGCUCUGUUAGUGUUAUUUGUUCUAACACUCGCAUCAUUGUGUUGGAAAGAAUACUUCAUGUUUUCAUAUGUUUGGGUCAUUUUACAGACACCCCCCUGCUCCCACCACACACAUACCUUAUUCAAAAUUCUCCUGUUAUUUUUGUACACUUAUUCACCUAGAGGAACUGGAUUCUCAUUUUGUCGAAGCUCCCCACCCAGUUAAUGAAUUUUAAUUUAUGUUCAGAGAAGGAUUGACAACAAUUUCCACAUUCCCAUCUGAAAACAUAUGUUUUCAUUUAUUUAGGACUCGUUUUAUGUUCCCUUGUACAUUUAAAAAUUUUUGUUUGGAGUUGCAAAUACUUAGUAGAAUUUAUGGGAAUUUAUUUUGUUAUUAGUGGGAUUCUUUUCUUGUAUUUAUUGACAAGGUUUUUCAGCUCAAAGUAAUGCUUUUUCCACAUGAUGCCUUUUAUUUUUUCUUUCUUCAGUUGUGUUUGCUAGGUUUUUUUCCAGAAUAGUGUUGAAUGGUAGUUGUGGUGGAGGACCUCCCUUCCUUGUCCCCACCUUUAGUUGGAAUAGUUUCAGUGUUUAAUGUGCUUCCUUGCAUUUAUUUGAGAUAAAUCUUUAUUCUUAAAUGGUCUCCUGGUUUUACUUUUGCUAAGAACAUAUGAGGAGAGGCUACUGAAGUUUGCAAAUGCUUUUAAACGUAAGACAGUGCUCACGGGGUCCCCUCCCUUCCCCCUUUAAUUGAUCAUAUAGAACAGUCCACUGGAAUUGGGUUAUCUUCCUUGUAUUCCUGGAGUAGGCUUUCAUUGUCAUGGAUUAUUUAGACUUUUCUAGAUUGGAUUUAUUAAACAUUUUUGCAUUUAAGUGCAAACAAAUAUUUAUUGAACACCUUCUCUGUGUCAGUCCUGUCAGGAUAAAAUACAAUGAUGGAAAAGGCAACAGAGGCCUUGCCCUCAGGGACUUUGGGUCUAAGCGCGGGCACUCUCGUUUCUACUGGGUUCAUGCAUCUUCAAGCACAUCUCUCAUAAAAUGGGCGUGGCUGUUGCCAUGGAGGCAGAAGCUGGACUGGGGAAGUGGGGGCGAAGUGGGUAGAGCAGUUAUGCUUUUGAUUGGCCAGAGGCGCUGUCUGUCACAGGACGAGUUCACGUGGGAUCUGGGUCUUCCUGAGGGUAAGGUAAUACAUGCUCAUGGUAAAAAAAUAAAAUAAAAACAAAAAACAAAAGGAGAAUAUACAGUGAAAAAGUCCAUGGCAUUUUGACUCUGUUCCUGUGGAUAGCUGCUUGUUCUGAAGUUCCAGAAAGGAUCCUAUUCCCAAACAGGUCCCUGGGUACUGACUGUCACAGGCUGCUGCGUCUUUCCUGUUGACUCAUGUUUGGUUCCUCCAGUGAAAACUUUACUUAGAAAGAUGCUGCCUCCAAAGUACUUGUCUGCCACCAAACCCAAGAAGUCUUGGGCCCCAGAUCUGUAUGAGCUAGACAGUGACUUGACUAAGGAGCCGGAUGCCACCGUAAGAGAAGGUGCCACUGACCCUGAAUUCUUUCAUCAGAGGUUUCGGAAUUUCCUCUACGUGGAGUUUGUUGGGCCUCGGAAGACGCUGUUCAAACUCCGAAACCUCUGCCUCGAUUGGUUGCAGCCGGAGACUCGCACCAAGGAGGAGAUCAUCGAGCUCCUGGUCCUCGAGCAGUACCUGACCAUCCUUCCAGAAAAGAUAAAGCCUUGGGUGCGGGCAAAAAAGCCAGAGAACUGUGAGAAGCUAGUUACUCUGCUGGAAAAUUACAAGGGCAUGUAUGAGCCAGGAGACGACAACAGUGACCUCCGCAGCGAAGACAGCAUGAGCCGGAAGGGAGCAGAGUCCCCACCACCACGCUCCGCCUCUUCUUUCUGCAGUGACCGGGACCGGGAAUGGGACCAGGACUGGGACCGGGACCGGAAUCGGGACUGGGAGCUAGAUUGGGACCGGGAACGGGAGCAGAGAGGCAGAAGCAGAGACCUGGAGUCUCGAGACCGCUGGCCAUACACCAGGAAUCCCAGAAACAGACUUCCUCAACGGGAUCUUUCCCUUCCUCUGAUGGAGAAAACAACUUUUGCGAUGGAAAGGGAGCGCAAACGUAGGGACUCCGUGAUGGACUAUGAGUCAAGAUCCCAGGAUGCAGUGUCAUACCAGGAUGUUGUGAACCUGACUGAGGACAGGAAGCCUCAGAACCCGAUUCAGGACAACAUGGAGAACUAUAGGAAGCUGCUCUCUCUGGGGGUUCAGCUUGCUGAAGACGACGGCCACUCCCACAUGACACAAGGGCAUUCAUCGAGGUCAAAGAGAAGUGCCUACCCGAGCACCAGUCGAGGUCUAAAAACCAUGCCUGAAACCAAAAAGUCGACCCACCGGCGGGGAAUUUGUGAAGAUGAAUCUUCCCAUGGGGUGAUAAUGGAAAAAUUCAUCAAGGAUGUUUCACGCAAUUCCAAAUCGGGAAGGGCCAGGGAAUCUAAUGAUCGGUUGCAGAGGUUCCCUAGAAGGCCAGAUAAUGAUUGGAAAGAAGUUUCAUUCAACAAGAGGGAGUCGGUGAUUCAGGAGAGGGGCUAUGAAGGGAAUGCCUUUGGGGGAAGCUAUAAUUUUAACUCGAGUCUUGUUUCCAAAAAGAGAGUUCUUGAAAGAAAAAGGCGCUAUCAGUUUGACACUGAUGGGAAGGGCUCCGUUCAUGAGCAGAAAGGCUAUGCAAGGAAGAGACCUUUUGAAUGUAGUGAAAUGAGAAAAGCCAUGAGCAUGAGCAGCCUUAGCACCCCCUCCUUCACCGAGUCGCACCCACUUGAUUUUGGAGCAAUGCCCUAUGUGUGUGAUGAGUGUGGGAGGUCUUUCAGUGUGAUUUCAGAAUUUGUUGAACAUCAGAUCAUGCAUACUAGAGAGAAUCUAUAUGAGUAUGGUGAAUCAUUUAUUCAUAGUGUGGCUGUCAGUGAGGUUCAGAAAAGUCAGGCUGGGGGGAAACGCUUUGAAUGUAAGGAGUGUGGGGAAACCUUCAAUAAGAGUGCCGCUCUUGCCGAACAUCGGAAAAUUCAUGCUAGAGAGCAUCUUGCAGAAUGUAAUGACGAGGAGUAUGAGGAGCCCUUCAUGCCUAGCCCAACCUUCAGUGAGCUUCAGAAAAUAUAUGGAAAAGAUAAAUUCUAUGAAUGUAAGGUAUGUAAGGAAACCUUCCUUCAUAGUUCUGCCCUGAUUGACCACCAGAAAACCCACGGUAGAGAUGACAAAGAUAAUGAGCAUGGGGAAACCUUUAAACCCAGCCUGCCCCUUAAUGAGCUUCAGAAAAUGUAUGGUAAAGAGAAAAUGUAUGAAUGUAAGGUGUGUGGGGAGACCUUCCAUCAUAGCUCAUCCCUGAAAGAACAUCAGAAGACCCAUACUAGAGGAAUCCUAUUUGAAAAUAAGGGUAGAGUGUGCGAGGAAACCUUUAUUCCUGGUCAGUCCCUUAAAAGGCGUCAGAAAUCUUACUCAAAAGAGAAGCUCUAUGACUUUAAAGAUGGUGGGGAUGCCUUUAGGCAAAGCUCGGACCUCAGUGAGCAUCAGAAAAUUCAUUCUCGAAAGAACCUCUUUGAAGGCAGGGGGUACGAGAAGUCUGUCAUUCAUAGCGUGCCCUUCACUGAAUCUCAGAAGAGUCAUACUAUAACAAGACCACCUGAAAAUGAGGAGGAUGAGAAGGCAUUCACCAUCAGCUGUAACCCUGAUGACAACCAGAAGAUUCCUACUAAAGAAAAUGCCUGUGAGAGGAAACCAUAUGAGAGGUCUGUUAUUCAUAGCUUAGCCUUUGCUAAAGCUCAGAAAAGUCAUAGUGCAGUAGGGCCGAGUAAACCACAAGUGAUUGCAGAGUCUACCAUUCAGAGCUCAGGUGUUACUGAACAUCAGAAAGUCCCUGCUGGAGAGAAUUCUGAAGGAAAGAAAUGUGAGAGGUCUGUUAUCCAUAGCUUAGCUGCUUUCAAACCUCCCAAAAAUUGCAAUGGAAAUGAAGUCAUCGAAUGUGAUGAAAAGGGAGAAUCUUCCACUUACAGUUCAGACCUUCGUGAUAAGCAACAGAAAACUCCUGCCAGAGAGAACCCUUAUGAAGGGGCUAAGAGUAACAACUACAAGGACUCUGUUAUACAAAGCGUAUCUCGUAUCGAACCUCAGAAAAGUCUUACUAGUCAGGGGUCCAGUGAGUCGUCUAUUCCCAGCUCAAAUGUCCGCGAACAUCAGAAGGCUCGUGCUAAGAAAAAAAACAUUGAGCGUAGGAACUAUGAGACCUCUGUAAUUCACUCCCUACAUUUCGGUGAACCUCAAACAUUUCGCCCUAGAGAGAAAUUCUAUGAAUGUCCAGAGUGUGGAGAAUCCUUUGUUCGUAGCUCCGACCUCACUGAGCAUCAGAAGAUUCAUGAUAGAAAGAAACCUUCUGGAAGUAAAAACUAUGAACGAUCUGUAAUUCGCAGCUUAGCCUCUACCGACCCUCAGACAAGUUACGCUGAACAAGCACAGACAAGUUAUGCGGAACACCCCGGGCAGAUGAGAUACUCUGAACAGCCAGCACAGACGAGUUACGCUAAACAACCAGCACAGACGAGUUACGCUAAACAGCCAGCACAGACAAGUUACAUUGCACACCCAGUGCAGAUAAGUUACUCUGAACACCCAAUGCAGCUGAGUUACACUAAACCAGCACAGAUGAGUUACACUAAACCAGCACAGAUGAGUUACACCGAGGAGCAGGCACAGACGAGUUAUGCUGAACAGCAAGUGCGCAACAAAUGUAAGGAGUGUGGGGAAUGCUUUGCCACCAUUGAAGAGCUUGGUGCACAUCAGAAAAUCUAUGCCCGAGAAGAAUUGCAUGGUCGGAAGCUCUUUGGAAACUCUGUUAUUCAGGGCGUAGGCCUCGAUGGGCCUCGGCAGGUGGAGCCUCGGCAAGAAGAGCCUCGGCAGGAUGAGCCAGAUGAGCGGGACGAGCAGGAUGAGCCUGAGGACACCAUCUAUGGAUGUAAGGACUGUGGGCUGGGCUUCGCAGAUCGCGCAGACCUUAAGGACCAUCAGAAAGUUCAUGGCCGAGAGUAUCUCAUCGAUAGUCGGGAGUACACACAUUCUGUAAUCCAUACCCAUUCUGUCAGCGAAUAUCAGAAAGAUUAUAUUGGAGAGCAGCUCUAUGAAUGCCCUGCAUGUGGGGAAUCUUUUGUUCAUAGCUCAUUCCUUUUUGAGCAUCAGAAAAUCCAUGAGCAAGAUCAAUUCUUUGGCCAUAGAAGAUAUGAUGAGCCUUUUAUGCAACCCUUGGUCAUUAACCCACGGAGGCCUCGUGCCCCACAGAAGAAUCCUCCUGCAGGAACAUCCCUUCAAUGCCACGUGUGUGGACAAGACUUCAUUCAUGGUUCUGUCCUUAGUGAACAUAUGAGAAUUCAUACUGGAGAGGAUUUACCGGAGCAGGGCCAGAGAAGUGAAGAUGCAGUCAGUCCAGGCUUAGCCCUUGCUGAGUUUCAGAGAAGUCAAACCGAAGAGAAACACUAUGAAUGUAAAACAUGUGGAGAAUCCUUCCUCAAUCAGUCAGACCUUAGGGAGCACAUGAGAAUUCAUGAGAAGGAUGAGCCCUAUGAUUAUGGGGCCUCCUUCGUUCACACCUCAUUUCUUACUGAGCCCCCCAAAAGAGAUUCACCGUUCUAUGAAUGCAAGGACUGUGGGAAGUCCUUCAUUCAUAACACAGUUCUCACUAAACAUCAGAAGCUUCAUCUUGAAGAAGAAGAAGAAGAAGAAGGAGCCCAGGAGGUUGAAGCCAAUGUCCUUGUUCCACGAGAAGUUCUGCGGAUCCAGGGAUCAAAUGUAGAAGCUGCUGAGCCAGAGGUGGAGGCUGCUGAGCCAGAGGUGGAGGUUGCUGAGCCCAAUGUGGAGGCUGCUGAGCCCAAUGGAGAGGCUGAAGGGCCAGAUGGGGAGGCUGCAGAGCCAAAUGGGGAGGCCGAGCAGCCCAACGGAGAGGCUGAACAGCCCAAUGGAGAUGCUGAUGAACCAGAUGGUGCAGGGAUUGAAGACCCAGAAGAAAGAGCUGAAGAGCCAGAGGGAAAGGCUGAAGAGCCAGAGGGAGAUGCUGAUGAGCCAGAUGGGGCAGGGAUUGAAGACCCAGAAGAAGAAGGUGAAGAUCAAGAGAUUCAAGUUGAAGAACCAUACUAUGACUGUAGGGAAUGUGGAGAAACCUUCACUUCCAACUCAGCCUAUGGUGAGCACCUGAAAACCCAUGCUAGGGUGAUAAUAUUUGAGCCUGGAAAUGUCUAUGGGGAAAGCUCACGCUACACUGAACAUGCCAGCACCAGCACUAGUGACAACGAUAGGGCCGAUGACAAGUACUUCAAAUGUGAUGUCUGUGGGCAGCUUUUCACUGAUCGCCUGUCCCUUGCUAGACACCAGAAUACUCACACUGGCUGAGAACACAAUUACAGAGGUUAGGAAACCUUCAUUUAGAACUUGACCCCUACUAAAUCAGAGACUUCAAACCAAUCUAUAAUAAUGUCAGAAGGAAACUUACCUUGGCAUGUACACAUCUGACUUUUAAUAUCAGACAACACAGACUAAAAAGAGACCAAGGUGGAAACUCCUUUGGUUUUAGCUCUCCCCCAUCACACAUCGGUGUAUGCAUGUGGGAAAGCUAUAGCACAUACCUUUCAUCUGAGUAAUCUAUUGAGGGAAAAUCCUAGAAGUUUUUGAGAUGACAGAAAUAGCCCCAGUCAAAUGUAAAUGACACUUCUAUAGCCUAUAUAUAAUGUUCCCUGCAAUGUAUAUAAAAUAGCAUAUCAUAGCAAAACAGUAAUCACAUAUAUUUGGAUUUAAUAUACAAUUACAGUUUACUGUGCAGAGGUACCUUACCUGGUACUGAUUUUUUUUUUCUUUUUGGAGGAGGAAGAGAGCAACAAAUUAGAAUAUAUUUCUAAGUAUCUUAAAUUCUGAGAAAGACUUAAUUGUGCAUUAUUUGAACCCCAUCAGUAUCGUUUUGAGUAAUUGUGUAUUGUUCCUUACCGUUAAGUAUUCCUAUAAAAGUGUAAGCAUGAAAGGUAAAAUGUCUUUUAUUCUUUGCUGUUUGAAAAGAGAAGUACUUGGAACUUCCUUUUCAGCCUUUUUGUCUACACCAACACUUUGGAACCUAAUGCUGUGUAAGCCUUUACAGUAUGUGGAUUGGCCUUUUGUGACCCAAAGUGAUUGGUUGACACCUUGUACCUUGCAGUGAUUCUCAUGCAAAAAUAUUACAAGGUUUUUUUUUUUUUUUAACCAACUUGAUGUGUGUUUGAUAGUGAAUUUAUAAAAGCCGAAGCUUUUCCCUAUAAAACUUAUGCUUUUGCCUUUAAAGAGUGGGUUGUAACCAUCACUAGAUCACAGUAGUGCCUACUGAUGAUUGAGAAGCAGAGGGAGAGGCUUUCAUGUUGUAAAUAAGGAUGCAGGGUUACAAUUUCCAUCACUUCCUUUGUGCGCUUCCUGCCUUAAGUGACAAGUAGCAGUGUGGCUUCAUUAGUAUUAUAUGGCCACAAGUCAGUUUGCACCCUGGGUGCCCAGGAGCUAGUAUCCUUAGAGCUUUCUAUCGCUUAAUUCUUGUCUUCACCUGUCUGACCCUCCACCCCAUGUCUAACUUGCAUUUUCAAAAUUUAAAAAAAAAAAAAAAGCUUUCAUUACAGUCAACUUAAGCUUAACAUGGACUCAGGUUCCCCAGCAGCCUUAAUUUGUUUCCUUACCAUCUGUUCCUCCCUCUUUCAGCCCUUCUAAGUAUUUCCGAGCUAUCCAUUAGUGUCACGUAUGUCUGAUCACCUCAGUUUUCCACUUAUUCACAAAUUAACCUCAUAGCUUGAGGUUUCCUGUGUCCUGUUCUGUGGACCACCUGUGCUUCUUUUGCUUCCCCUCCCCUUGCAUAAUGACUAUUAAAUUUUUUAGCUUUGAGUUGGCUGGAAAAAAAAAUUUUUAAAAAAUUUAAAGUGGCUCUGUAGAUUAAGUGAGCAAAAAAUAACAGCAGAUAAUUUGAGCAAGCAAAAUUAAUAUACCUGCUGGGGGAACGUGUCUAAAUCUCACUCUCCUAGAUCCUCAUGGUUGGGGCUCUGAGAGUGUAUGUCAGAGCUGCAGGGAAUGCCAAAGUCAAGGGAGGUUGUAGUGUUGAAAGCAUGAAGCAGAAAUGAGGAAGCCAAAGAAGGGAGUCCUGAUACAUCACCAGAUCUAGGAGGGUAAGGAAGCAGACAGAAGGAAACAUGGGAAGCAAGACUUAGAAGGCCAGGUUGGUGGGAAUGAAUUGAGCAGGAUGUCCUGGGCAGUUAAGAAGGGGCCUUUUCGGUGUAGGUGAGGGCCAGCUGCAUAGAAAGACCUGAGGUAGGAAUGGACAUCCAAGGAGCAUUGAGGCCCUACAUCACAGGAGGACCCUUUAGAUGGGAACCAGCAUUGAUGUUAUUGGGGUGAAUUUGGGUUUAUCGCUGUUGGCAGCAUUAACUUGCCAAAUGUCAGGGUGCCCAUUCCAACCUUAUGUUAGUGAAAAAUUAGGAACAACAUAAAUGCCAAACAGUAGGAGAAUGAUUACGUGAAGGUACCCAUGGACUGUCAUGCAGCUGUUUAAAAAUGAUAAUCACGAAGAGUUAUGUAGCAACGUGGAAAUAUAUUUAUGGAAUAUUGAGUGGAAAAAGCAGGACACAGAAUUAUAUUUAUACUACAGUUAUAAGUGAUUAAAAAUGUACGCUUAUAGUCAAAAGCUGUUGUGUUGUUGUUGCUGUUGUAGGCUUAUAGUUAAGCAUUAUUUUCUUAAAUUCUUUGAAUGUUCUUUAUGGUAGUGUUAACUACAAAGUUUAUAAUCACCUUUCCAUUGUGAACAUAAUUUGAACUCAUUAUCAGACACUUGGAAAAUACAGAAAAGUGGAGGAAAAAAAAUCCAUAUUCCAACCAUCCAAAGACAGAUAUACUCUUCAACAUCUCAUUUAUUCUUGUUUCUGUGCACAGGUUUAUGAUUAUAACUGUGUCAAAAUGUGUAUUCAAAAUAGCCGUUAUGUUAUCUUUGUGGAAUUAUGGUUAAAUACUUUCAUCUUAAUGUCUUCAAAUGUUCCUUAUAAUAGUGUUCUGAUAACAAAGUUUAUUAUGUGUGUUUACAUUACAAGCAUAAUACAUACCCAGAGGAAAAAUUGGAAAAUACACUAAAUUAGAAAAGAGAAAAAAGUCACCCAUUUUCCCAAUACACAACACCUACUGUUAACAUCUUGAUCUGUUUCCUCCAUCUUGUUUUAGUGCACAAGCUUGUGAUUGUAACAGUGUUAAAUAUGUAUGCAUAAAGUCUAAAAUGAAAAAAAAUAUGGAAAAUAAUUAAAAUAGUGUUGUCAUUGUGGGAUUAUGGUUAAAUAUAUUGUCUCAAAUACCUUUGGUGUUUUGGUAUUAAAUCUUAUGUAUGUAUUUCUCCACUACAAAUAUAAUACAUACUCAUAGGAAACUUUGGAAAAUUCAGUAAACUGGAAGAAAAGAAAUUCACCCAUAUUCCCAACACCUAGCAACAAUUGCUGUUAACAUCUUGAUCUGUGCACCAGUCUAUGAUAAUUAGGGUGUUAAUGAUAAGUAUACAUAGAGUCAAAGAUGGGAAGAAAUAUGGAAAACAGUUAAAUAGUUGUGUGGUUGCUGUGGGAUUAUGGUUAAAUAUUUUGUCUUGGUUUCCUCGAAUGGUCUUUAUCAUAGUGUUUUGGUAAUCCACCUCUAUCACAUAUAUUUCCAUAUAAACACUGUAUGUGUUCAUCAUAGAAACUUUGAAGUUGCAGAAAUGUAGAAGAGAAACUCACCCAUAUUUUCACCAUCCAAAGACUGUGGUUAACAUUUUGAUAUACUUUCUUCAUCUUGUUUCUGUGCACAGGUUUUUGGUUUGAUAAUAUGGUUGUGGUUGUUCUAUCUAUCUGUAAUAGUGUCAACAAUAAAAAUAAAGUUAAAAAUAAGAUA